GAGCUGAUGAAUGCACUGGAAAAGACUAGACAAGAAUUAGAUUCUACCAAAGCCCGUCUUGCCUCAACACAGCAGUCUUUGGCUGAAAAAGAAGCACAUCUGGCUAACCUAAGAAUAGAGCGAAGAAAACAGCUUGAAGAAAUUCUAGAAAUGAAACAAGAAGCUUUGCUUGCUGCAAUUAGUGAAAAAGAUGCAAACAUUGCCUUGCUUGAACUGUCUGCUUCAAAGAAAAAGAAGACUCAAGAGGAAGUAAUGGCUCUUAAACGAGAGAAGGACAGACUAGUACAUCAGUUAAAACAGCAGACACAAAACAGAAUGAAACUGAUGGCAGAUAACUAUGAUGAUGACCAUCACCACUACCACCACCAUCACCACCACCACCAUCAUCGAUCUCCUGGGAGGCCACAACACUCCAACCACAGACCCUCUCCAGAUCAGGAUGACGAGGAGGGUAUAUGGGCAUAGCCGUUCCUAUAAACCAAAGUUCCAGUUUUGUUUUGAGGGAUGAUCCAGUCACUGUUGGAGGCACAUAGCCACGGCAAAAUCUCAUGCUGUACAUUGAUCACCUGUCCAACCUUUGCCUAGAGUGUGAUCCCCAGUUCCUUCAAGAGAUCCAUCUUUACCUGUCUAUAAAGAAGAAGAGGAGGAGGGAGACAUCUGGGAUAUUCAAGUAUCAAAGUUUAACACCAGAGCAGG